AUAUGUACAUAUUUUAAACGGGUGAUCAGAGACAGAUAUAGGCACAGUUACGGCACGCUUCUAAGCUCUGCCAAUCAAUGUCGUGAGAUUGAAGCAGUAACUUUUUCUCUGCCGCCAAUAGUUUGGAUCCCACAAUCCUCCAUCUUUUAUUGCUCUUGCUUUUCUUUCUCGCCAUCUUUCAGACUCACAUGCUUCGGGUGGAUCUGCAUCAAAGCCCCCCUUCAAUGUUCCUUGGAAAUUCCCACUCUUUUUUCUUUUUUCUUUUUAAUUUUGGGUUUUUCUUGGUGGUAGCAAUGUCGACUCCGGCUAGGAAGAGGCUCAUGAGAGAUUUCAAGAGGCUGCAACAGGACCCACCUGCAGGAAUCAGUGGUGCCCCUCAGGAUAACAAUAUAAUGCUGUGGAAUGCUGUCAUAUUUGGUCCUGAUGACACUCCAUGGGAUGGAGGCACGUUUAAGUUGACUCUCCAGUUUACUGAGGAUUAUCCUAACAAGCCACCGACUGUACGAUUUGUCUCUCGAAUGUUUCAUCCAAACAUUUAUGCUGAUGGAAGUAUUUGUUUGGAUAUAUUACAAAAUCAAUGGAGUCCUAUAUACGAUGUAGCUGCAAUACUCACUUCUAUCCAGUCACUACUUUGUGAUCCCAACUCAAGUUCUCCUGCAAAUUCAGAAGCAGCUCGAACUUUUAGUACGAACAAGCGCGAGUACAAUAGACGAGUUAGAGAAAUUGUGGAGCAAAGUUGGACAGCUGACUAAGCUGACCACCCGUCAUAUAUUUGUGGGCUUUUGAAGACAUGUAUCAGGUUUCACUGCUACCUACAAGAAUCACUGUGCCAACUUAGUGAAUUUCAUGUCGUAUUCCUUACUGUUUUUGAAUGUUAGGAUUAUCUUAUGUUUCAUCACUCCUAGACUAUGCAUUGUUAAUGUCAGUUCAUGUAUUAUAGAAUCGUGUUAAUUUGAAUUUGGAUUAUUGUCUAAUAGGUUCAAUGUAUAAGUCAAAUUAAGUAGUCUUAUUUUUCAUUGCA